AUGGAGAUCUUGGGGACGCGCCUGGAUCAUUCGGGCUCCACGCGCGAAUCCAUGGACCAUCGACUACACAAGGCUGCAGCGAACUACGGUGCCAAUUGGUCCAGGCCCCAUAACCCUCUUGCCACCUGGGCAAAGAAGUUCACGGCUCAUUCACGGGGCCCCGUGACGAGCGCAAUUUACGAUUCUGGCACGUGGAAGUUGGCGGAAGGCCAGUUGAAGGAGCUCAAGGCAUGGGAGAACACCAACCUUCGUAAAAAUAUUCCGGCUUCCAGAGUUAUGGGUGGCAGGACACAGCUGGCCCCGGACGACCAGCUUAGCUUCGAGCGCGCGGCCCUGCGGCUGCAGUUCGUUACCUGGGAUGGCUGGGCUCUGGGCCUGCACUGCUGGUGCGAGGAGAUGCGCACGGCUGCGACUCCCGAGCUGCGCGCGGCGGCCCGUCAGGCGUGGACGGCCAGGCAGGGGCUGGAGGAGCCCGUGCCCGGGGACAGAUUGCCUCUGACCCUGGCUGUCCAGAUCAUUAUUUGGCAGCCGUUGCUGCCCGUAUGCACCUCGGAGACCUGCCAGACUGCCAUGUACGCCAGGGUGCUGCAGAUCCAGUUGCUCCUGUCCGUGCGGCAGCCCUGUCUUCAGUGCCAUUUCUUCAUUGACAAGGAGAGCUGCAGCGAGAUGGGUGCCACGAAGCUGAAGCUGGGCGGCCCUGUACCACCUGCCGAGGUCGUCCCGGGUUGCACGGAGGUAUGCGACAUGAUCAAGAGCAUGAAGGAUAGAGUAUUGGAUGAAGGGCGGCAUGGGCACAUUCGCCUGCGAGGAGGCUGCCAAGUACGGCUGCGUGUGGGGAAGCGGCAGGCUGACGGGAGGACGAGCGGCGGGAGCGGGGCUGCCCUCGUCGGAGGCGCCGACAUCAAGAGCCCUUCGGACCUCGCCUGCUGAGCGGGGCCAGCCCGCGGCAGCGUCGCCGCGGCAGGCGCGCGCUUGUCUCGGCCAGUUUUUGCAGGGUCCGUGUCCAUCCGAACGAUCCGAGUACUGCACACAGAGUAGCUCCGUGGGUCAAUGCGACUCGUAGCGGUGCUCGAAGAAGCCGUGAGCUUUCUGUUUGGUACGAGGGCGCUCCUACAAGGCAUGCGGA